CUCCGUGCAGGCAGUCAGUCAGUCAGUCCAGCUCGGAGUGUGAGGGGGGAAACCAGCAGGAACAUCUCAGCUCUGCCUGUCAUCUGUCACCCUCUCCCCGUCUCCGUUUCUGCCCCGCACCGACCCCAGGAUGGGAAACUACCCGAGCUAGUCUCCGAGGAGGACGCGAACUGAAGAGGGAGGAACUGUGCUAAAACUACCAGGUGGAGCCUCCAGUCCCAGCUCUCGAACCUCCAGCCAGGCAGAGGGGCACGGUGGAGAUGCAGACCUUCCUGAAGGGCCGGAGAGUCGGCUACUGGCUCAGCGAGAAGAAGAUGAAGAAGCUGAAUUUCCAGGCCUUUGCUGAUCUGUGCAGAAAAAGAGGAAUAGAAGUAGUUCAGCUGGACCUGAGCCAGCCUCUGGAGGACCAGGGCCCGCUGGACGUCAUCAUCCACAAGCUGACCGACCUCAUCCUGGAGGCCGACCAGAACGACUCGCAGGCCGUGCUGCUGGUGCAGAGAGUACAGGACUACAUCGACGCCCACCCCGAGACGAUAGUCCUGGACCCUCUUCCUGCCAUCCGGACCCUGCUGGACCGCUGCAAGUCCUACCAGCUCAUCCACAGAAUAGAGAGCUGUAUGCAAGAUGAGAGGAUCUGCUCUCCUCCCUUCAUGGUCCUGAACACAGACUGCUCUCCAGACGUUCUGGAGCAGAUCAGGAGGCAAGGACUCACAUUCCCCUUCAUUUGCAAAACGCGAGUGGCUCACGGCACCAACUCCCACGAGAUGUCCAUUAUCUUCAGUGAAGAGGACCUGAAGGACAUGAGGCCCCCCUGCGUCAUCCAGAGCUUCAUCAACCACAACGCCGUGCUCUACAAGGUGUUCGUGGUGGGGGACUCCUACACCGUGGUGGAGCGGCCCUCCCUCAAGAACUUCCCCGCCGGGCCUGCAGACAGGAAAUCCAUUUUCUUCAACAGCCACAACGUUUCCAAACCCGAGUCCUCCUCAGAUUUGACCUCGAGGGAGAACGUAGAGGGCGUGUCUCAGCCGCCCAGCGAGGACGUCAUCAGAGAGCUGUCCAGGCUGCUGCGGCGGGAGCUGAACGUGUCGCUGUUCGGCAUCGACGUCAUCAUCAACAACCAGACGGGGCAGCACGCCGUCAUCGACAUCAACGCGUUCCCCGGUUACGAGGGCGUCCCGGAGUUCUUCAACCACCUCCUGAACCACAUCAGCAGCGUGCUGCAGAGCCACGGCGCCGACCCGGCGCCCGGCGGCGAGCAGCCCACCAAGGGCGUGCCGGCGAGCGCCACGGUACCGGGCAGCGCCGGCUGCAGCAUGCGGGGGAAGGAGCUGCAGAGACUGGGCUGCAACCCGGCCAUGUCCCCCAACUUCCAGCAGCACUGUGUCUCCACGAUAGCCACCAAGGCGUCCUCCCAGUGACUGGCCCCGCCCCCAGAGCCCCUCCCCCACGCCGUUUGAUCCCCGAACAAAAAAGAAAAAAAAAAAACAACAAAAAUGGAUGACAAUAAUAAAUAAUAAUAAUCAUAGUAAUUAUGAUGUUAAUGAUAAUAUAUCUAAUCAGAAACGAGCCUUUUCCUCUGUAGUUGUUGGAAGCGGCGGUGAUCGGGUGUGAGCUUCUCUUCUCUCGGCCUUCGGUGUUUUGGGUUUGGUCUCCUGAGACUUUAACAGUACUGUAAUGUGAACCUUUGGGAACUUUCUGCCUAAUCGCUGAUUUGAUUUCUCUCCGGUGUGAGGCUGAACGGGUCCAGACGAGGCAG